UAACAUCAUUCAGUGAAAAGUGAAAGAAACGUUAUCUAAUUUAGGUCAUAAGAAAGCUACAUAAUUUAGAAAUCAGUUUAUUAAAAAUAAAAAACGAUUUAUUUACAUUCUCAAAAAUAUUGUGAAAAGGAAAAUUAUUUUUGACGGUUCUCCUUGAUAUUUUCAUGUCUAAUUAGCAAGAGAGGAAGUAAUAUAAUAUUUUAAUUGCAAAAUUCCCGAAAAAAUGUUACCACCAUUGUGCCCCCCCCAAAAGAAGGCUUGUUACCCUCCAAGGAAACUAGGACUCAAGGACAUGUUAUCAUCAAGGAUGUUUCGACUAAGUACAAUAAAAAGACACUAUUCGUCAAUUCCACUGGCUUUUCUGAUUAUGUACGAUUUGUGCGCAGUUACUCUUUUCUCUUACAACGCAUUGUUCUGCUCAACCAUUGACGUAAGGUUGAGCGGACGGAAUUUGCCACGUUAUGAGAUGACUUCGUCCCCUGGAUGGUUCGAUCUACGGAAACCUAGAUGUCUCAAGUUGCUAAAAAUUCAGGACAUUAAACCGGCAAUUCAUCUGGACAAUCGAUACCGUCUCAUGAGAGGUGAACAGAUGCUGGAUGCACUUGGUAAUCCAACUGAUGAAAUCGGAGAAGAUGAAACUCGUGGUGAACCAUUCGAAGUGGAGCGGAUAGAUCACGAUUAAACAUUACACCGAAGUUAAUAUCCAAAAAGGAGAAUAGUAAUUUUCGUCAAAAUUUCUCUCUUUCAAAAAAUUAAUUUUAACAAAAUUUAUAUUUAAUCUCUGCUCUCGAAAAAAAUUGUACUAUUUACUAUUUCUCAAAAGAGGAAAAAGAGAAGAAAAUUCGCAAUAAACUAAUUUAAAAUAAAAUGAAUUUUUUUAUUGUUUUCAUGUUUGUGACUUUUAGGUGAACGAUCGAGUUAUUUCCAGGAAACUUUUAUUUUCAGUUGCUCGCCUUACUGUGAAGGUGAUCGGAGUUGAAAAUUGUAUAUGGUGUGUAUAUAUAUACGAUGAUAAAAACCACUCUACUUAUCGUUUUCUUUUUUCAAUGAGAAGGGUCAAGCGGGUACGACUGUGAGUCUGGAAACGAGACAACUUCAAGGCCAACAAUCCGUUUACCUCGUUUAAUUUUUACUUCUCUUUCUUUCUUUCUUUCGUUUCUCUUUUUUUUUUGUUCUUUAUACUCACAAGAAUCGCCUCUACUUUUCGCUUUACGGUCCAUUUCUUUCUUCCUCCUUCUCCUCAAGAUCCACGUAUAUUUUCUUCUU